AUGCAAAUCAUAUCGAUUCUACUCAGUUUGACCCUCGUAUCAUUGGCUCAAGCGGGCCUAUCAACCAGAAUACCAAAACCAAAAUGGAAUUGGCAUUCUCAGGACACGAAACCUCAAGAAUUUUCAAGACACAAGUCACCAGAAGAAAGACGCAAGUUAUCAAUAUUUCCAAAAAGUUACAUGAAGUACGUCAUUUCGUCAGAACCGAUAUACAAGAUUGCUACUCACAAACCAUUCGUGUAUAAAGCUAAGAAACCUUUGAUGAAGAAAUUGAACUUCCUAGAAAAAAGCAGUGCAUCAAAUGAAAACGAACCAACACAGCCAAAUAUUCACGGUAAAGUUAUUUACGAUAACAAUGUAGAUGGUGCUCCAAGAGUGGAAUCAGUUGUGUUCAGUGAAGAAGUUAGUAUAGAAAUCAUUGACGACAAGUCUGAGGAAAGUGAAGAAAUUGUUAUUGAUGAAAUGAAAGAGACCAUUCUUCAGAAUGAUGAAAAAGAAUUGGAAGCUACUGGUGAUGUUUCUGAAAAUAAGGAUAUUGUUAGUUUAAAGGAUGUUAUAUUUCCUCCUGAAGUAAACAUGCCAGUUGAAGUCAACCAAGAAAAUAAAACAAAUGACUUUGUCGAUGUUUCUGUUGCACCGACAAGUCCUACAGAAGUUGAAAUCCCAGAUACGGUAGAAUUCAUCUUCGUAGAUCCAGCACAGAAAACAAAAGACAGUGCUAGUAUAAGUAGUGAAGAGGAUUUCGUUACCACUGAAAUGUACGAACCAGAGGUCUUUAGGAGAAAAAGGGGCAGUAACAUUAUCGAGGAGGAAAACCUGGCAUCAACUGUAGCUGGAUAUAAAUACACAUGGAAAGAUACCAGACUCAACAAUGAAUCGGUUUUCAAAAAUAUUCAUUCAUAGAAGAGAUGGACUUUAAUU